CAACAACCUGACGCCAUAUUGGUCUUGUCAAAAAAAGUUUGCCGAAAUUUUCGAAGAAUAAUGCCUUCGUUAGCAGGUCCAGAGCCUCACAAACUAGUACAGCCCAGGGACCACAAAGCUAAUGUUUCCAUAUGGGCUGACUUGACAGUGAAUGAUCUGGAUGUACUGGAUGAAGUAGCAGAUGUAGGAGACAUGAAAGAUAUGCUCGCACAGUUGUUCAACUUGGUAGACUACAAAGAGAACAUGAAGCAUGGCAUCUUAGUAGAUCUCUACUUCUACACUAUUCAGUUCUCCAGGGAGAACAAAUUCAGCAAGGAGCAGACUUCAGCCUUUUUUUCGAUAGUCAAGAAACUACAUGAGAUAUGUACAGAAACUCCAUUUGGCAAUGUGGAUCACUGUUUCCGCUACUUCAGAGAGGCUAUCUUGAGACAUGCAGUUAAGAGACCACCAUUUAGUAUAGAGCUGUUCUCCCCUGAUGAGGUGCGUGUCAUAUCCGACUAUGUCAUGAACACCUACUUCAGACACUUCAAGAUGUACAAAUACGUCUUCACUCCACUGGUGAGACUAGAUCUGUCCAUGAGUUAUGUGGGUGUGCCAGUGACACCCUCCCCCUCAGAGGCUGGAGACGCAGAGGAUCAGACUGCAGAUACGGAGGGACAGGACGCAGCAGAGGACAAGGAGGGAGCGGAUACAGAGGGGGAAAAGGAGGAAGAAAAAGAGGAAUCCCCAGCUGCCAAAGAACUCAGACAACUUAUACACAAACAUUUAUCGGAGGAAUUGAAAAAACUAAAAAUCACAGUUGAUGAACAAUUAAAAACUACGGAAGAAGUUAUGAAUAAGAAAUUAGCAUCUGUAGAAGGAACCCCAGGAAAAAGUGGACGAGCAUCAAGUAGGGGCAAGAAAAAUAAAUAAAACUUAAAACAGUUAAUAUUUUGUCAGAGAUUAAAAAUAUUGGACCUAACUGGACAUUUUUAUAGUACAUAUUGUCACACUAAAAACCCACUCCAGGGAAUGUCUGUUUUAUUGCG